AAUCAUAACAAGCGGACAUAACCUCAGGUACAAAGGUCUAUUGAUGGGCGUUUUUUUCGAAGAAUUUCAAAGAAGCUAUCAACAUUGAGUCGCCAACGAGUAAUAAAAUUACCCAAAACAAUAUGAAGGAACCGGAUGUAGAUCCAAAAAAUAUAAUUAAAAAUAGAGAACUAUUGUACAGACUUAUGAUCAGUCAAUUAUACUACGAUGGUCAUCAGACAAUUGCUGUUCAAUUGAACACUAUUCUUCAAUCAGAAACUCCAUGUCCACCAUCGGAUCGUUUAUUUCAUCUUAUGUUAAUUGGUAUCACUCAUGAACCAGAUCGUACUAAAAAGGAAACUAAUAAUACAUCAUCUACAUUUGCAUCAAGUUUUGACAAUACAUUGGGUCCUGGUUUGGAUUUAGAAUUUGAAACAGAAGCACAAACUCAAGCACCAGAACCAGCGCAAUAUGAAACAGCUUAUGUUACUUCUCAUAAAGGAAAUUGUAGAGCGGGAGCUUUUUCUAAUGAUGGACAAUUAAUAGCAACUGGAUCGGUGGAUGCAUCUAUUAAAGUUUUAGAUGUUGAUAGAAUGUUAGCAAAAUCUGCGCCGGAUGAAAUGGCACCUGGUGAUCAGACUGGAGGUCAUCCAGUAAUAAGAACAUUAUACGAUCAUUUGGAAGAAGUAACAUGUUUAGAGUUUCAUCCGCGUGAACCUAUACUUGUUUCUGGCAGUCGUGAUUUUUCUGUGAAAUUAUUUGACUUUAGUAAGGCAAGUGUCAAGAAAGCAUUUCGAACAAUUACAGAUGCUGAUCAAAUACGAUGCUUAUCAUUUCAUCCGACUGGUGAUUUUUUGGUAGUAGGAACUAAUCAUCCAGUCGUAAGGUUAUACGAUGUUAAUACGGCUCAGUGUUUUGUGUGCAGUAUACCUAGUCAUCAGCAUACAGCUGGAAUAAGUACUAUAAAGUAUUCCCCUGAUGCGAAAACAUAUGCAUCGGCUGGUAAAGACGGAAGUAUUAAAUUAUGGGAUGGUGUCUCAAAUCGUUGCAUAAAUACUUUUGGUAAUGCACAUGAUGGUUAUGAAGUAUGUUCUGUGACAUUUACAAGAAAUGGAAAGUAUUUAUUAUCUUCUGGAAAAGAUUCCUUGAUAAAGUUAUGGGAAUUAUCAACAAGUAGGUGUUUAAUAGCGUAUACUGGAGCUGGUACAACAGGUAAACAAGAACAUAAAGCGCAGGCCAUUUUUAAUCACACAGAAGAUUAUGUAAUGUUUCCUGACGAAGCUACUACAUCGUUAUGUGCCUGGAAUUCUCGAAAUGCAUCAAGAAAACAAUUAUUAUCGUUAGGUCAUAAUGGACCUGUAAGAUUAAUCGUUCAUUCGCCAAAUGCACCAGCGUUUUUGACUUGUAGUGAUGAUUUUAGAGCAAGAUUUUGGUUCAGAAGAAUACCCACUCAUUAAAUGCCUUGAAAGUAUUUAUAGUGAACCCCGUAUAAUAUGGCAAGUACAUUCCGUAUUAUGUAAGUUUAUUAUUCAUAGAAGACGUGGAAAUACGUUGUUAAUUAUAAAACAUGAUUAUAUACGGAAGUUAUUGUAAUUCAUUUAUUGUAUCUGAUCAAUGCUAUGUUAUACGAGGCUGUACUAUAUAUUAGCAAAUUUUUAUAUACGCGUGUACAUCGUUUAUAAUUUGCUAGUUUUUCUAUGAAGAGUAAGGUGAAACAAUAGAAUUUCAAAUCAUUGUAAAUUGGGCAUUUGGCUUCUGACAUUCUUACAUGUUCAUUUAAUACCAUGUCAAACGUGUAUACUUAAAACGUGCGAUGAAAAAAAUUGAAAAUAUUUAUUUAAGUAAAUAAUGUGAACAUAAAAGAUUUAUAAUUCGAGCAUAUGUUUAAAAGAAAAAGAAAAAGAAUACAAAUAGCAUAAAGUAUUUGUAAUGAGAGGUAAGUGGUAAAUAAGUAAGCGUAUAUAUUUUGUCCUUUUGUAAAUUAAAUUAGAUACGACGUCA